AUGCCUAGCCCUUCUCAUCCGUCAACAACAAGCCGUGCAUUGCACGAUGUUGAGCUCCAUAUCGCCCAAGAUAAGAUCAUCUGUAUUCAUUCAAGCACAUUACGCCAGUGCUCGGGGUUCUUUUCUAGUAGUCUAAACUGGGCUGAAGCGGGAGGGUCUUCUCCCCCAAUCAUCUAUGAAUUAGACCUCGCGGAUGAUGUAGAUUAUGAUAUUUUCCGCAAGCAGACUGAUAAUAGCAAGCUAGAAAUCUCUGCGGAAUCCCCACCCGGGCGAGAUGAAUCGUAUUAUCGCGCACUUUUCAAUCUCUUCGAUAUCUUUCAACAUCGCAGCCCUUCGAUCGCGGGUUUAGACGACAUCAUAAUAUUGAUUAAGCUCGCCGACAAGUACGAUAGCCUUCCUACAGUCAGCCGUGCGGUACGACUGCACUUAAUGGAAGCUGGAGGCCAACCCUCGUCUCUUUAUCGGGACAUAGCAGCUGACCCAGUGAGAUAUUUGCAUGUUGGGGAAAAGCUUCGAUCGUCAAGCAUCACCAAAGAGGCAGCCACUCAUGUCCUUGGAACCUGGUCCCAGUCGCGCGAAGAGUGCCGAUCGAUUUUAUCCGAGACAUUCUUCGGCACCCUCGUCCAAAGACACCACGAACUUAGCGAGAAGAAGUGGGCUGCUAACAAGCAGCUUCUUUCACUCAACCUCAACCCCCCUAGACCUACAUUUGUCCAAAACCCCCUCGAAGACGGUGCUGUCAUUGCCCUGGCACGCGUUCGAGAGCUCAUCAGUUUGGCCUUCUCAAGAUGCUAUCAAGGAUCGGAUUAUGAAAAUUUGGAAGGAGAAAUGUACAGAGAGGUAGCUCAAAGCACCGCUAUCACCUACACACUAACACCAAAGGUAGCUAGAGCUGCCAUUACAUUCGACUCAGCCCGUUCACACUUGCAAGCGAAAAUUGCCUUGGCUUUAGGUGACUUGGCUGAAGUGCACUUGCAGCUCCAAUCUGAAGUCUUACCAGGCCAUAUCACUUCUGCCCAGCUGAAAGACUCUGAUUUGCCUUGGGACGGUGAUUGGAUAUAG